AUGGCGUCGUGGAAUGCGCCCAGCACGCCUGGGCUCCUUGCCGAGUAUCUCAAGUCGCCCGAUGAUAUCAGCAAGAUUGCAGCAUUGCGUCGCAAACUAUCGCGCGAGCAUGCGUCGUUGAGCGCGAAGCUCAAAAGUGGAGCUAAAGACCAACUGGAAGCUACCCGCGACGGCCUCUUGCAGCUGCAGUCGACUCGCCGCGAAGUAGCAGGGAUCCACGAGGCGUUUUCCCAGGUUGAAUCCAUGUUUAAGGAACCUACACAGGCGGAUUUAAGCACUGGCACAAAGGAGACGCGCGGCGCCAAGAGUUUUCGUAUCAUUAGCGAACUCUCGCAGCUGCGCCGCGCAUUGGGCGAGACGUCCUGCAUGCUCGCCAAAUUCGAGACGAUGCAGUACGAAAUACACGCGCUUUCCCAGCUGGUGACGCAGUAUCAAUCGGAUUUGUUGGGCAGCGCACCGCACCUUCUUCUCUUGCAUCACAAUGUAGCGAAAUGGGAGCAGUUCCGCAACGAGACACUGCACGUCGCCGCAUCCAGCAAUGCCGCGACGCAAGAACAACUAGUAGCUCUGCUUGCGCCAUUGGAUGACCUGCUGGGCGCUUUUGAGACCUAUCUUAUGCUGCUCUCUGCGCACGUACUCGAUUUGGUGCGGCAUGGCCAGCAAAGCGUCGUGGUCUGUCUGCUCAAGAUAUUUGAGCGCGAGAGCAGAGAGGAUGAAAAGACGGCCGCGAUCAAGCUUGCGAAGCGCGCCAACAUUGAAGGUGCUUCCCGGUUUCCCAGUAUUGCCGCGUACGCUCACACCAUCAAACUGUACCGCCUCAAAUUCCAAGAGACGAUUUAUAUCACCACGCAGCGUGCACUGCAGCAAUGCUGGGAUUGCGCACAAGAGCCUAGUCCACUGCGUAUGUACGAAGAGGUGGACUGGUUUUACAAAGACUUGGACCUUGUGCGCGACGCAGUGGUGCCAUUGUUUCCGUCUGACUACCAUGUGUAUAAAAUUUACGUGGAAACAUACCACCGUGCGCUGAGCGAUCUCCUGCGCGAAAAGGUAUCGCUCAGCGACUCUGGUGCAAACAUGCUGCUGGAGCUGUACCACGUCGCACAGGAGCACCAGAACCGGCUGAUGGACACGUCGAAAGGCAUUCAAGAAUCCUGGAUCGAGCCGUCGCUGCUUGGCGGGCGCGAAAAAACCAUCAUGGACGACUACCUCGCACUCCUCAAGCGUAAAGUCGACGAAUGGAGCGCGACGCUCAUGCACGACGAGGUUACUGCUUUUGUGUCGCGCGAGAAACCGCCGGAAGAGGGUCAAGGCGGACUGUACAUCAUGUCUGGCUGUGUGAUUUUGUUCCGCAUGGUGAACCAACAAAUCGACACGGCUGCAAAUGCCGGUGAUCCCACUCUACUGGUGCGUGCCAUCGAUCAUGCGUGCACAGUCAUGCACAACAUUCAAACUCGCUGGAUCCAGAUUGUCCAGCAAGAGUUUAAAAAACAGACCGAGGCAAAGCGGCCCGAAGAGGUCAAUGGCGGCUUAGUCGAGUAUAUGAUUGCACUGGCCAACGACCAGCUGUCCAGUGCCGACCAGACCGAAGCUUUGCUGCAUCGCGUAGAGUCUAUUGUUGCGCCGCAACAUAUGGCGCAUGUCCGCGAAUACUUGGACAAUACACUGAACGGAUUCCUGGACAUUAGCAAGCACUGUAUUCAGCUGCUUGUAGAGAUUGUCCUGUUUGAUCUGCGCCCUGCAUUCCGCGACUUGUUCACCUUCCCUGCUUGGUAUGUCGAGGGAACGACAACCUCGAUUGCGGAAACGAUUCGCGACUAUACAAGUGACUAUGCAGCACGGCUGGAGCCCAACCUUUUUGACGUCCUUUCCGACGAUUUGGUUACGCGUUUGCUUACGGCGUACCUCAUUGCAUUGCGCCAAUCUGCACGCCUUCGUAUGCCCAAUGCAGCCGAGCGUUUCCUCCAAGACGCCAACGAGUUGCACCUCCUUAUUUCAUCCAUUCGGCCCGCAGAUGAGGCACACAAUCGCGUAGAAGUGCUCCACUUGAUCCAUGCCAUUUUGAGCUCGUCGCCGAGUAUGGUCUUUUUGCCGUACUGGUCUUUUGCAAAGGUGCACGGACCCAAUCUCGCAUUUUUCGAAGCACUUCUGCGUGCGCGAGACGAUAUGGAACGGCCAGACGUGACGUCAAUCAUGGACAGUGCCAGGCGAAAAGUGAAGCAGGAGGGUAUGACCGACGUGCCCGAGAGCGGCCCAACAAUUAUGAGUGCAGUCGCCCAGACACAGCGCCAUGGACUACUCGGCGCAGGCCUCUUGGCCAACUGGACGAGCGGCGCACAAGGCGAAGGGAUCGCUUGGGGGGCUCUGGCACAGAGUGCGCAAAGCUACCUCGGCGCUGCAGGGUGGCGCGGAGCAACAAGCUAG